AUGGCUGUUUCACGCGAAGAUUCCGUUUACCUUGCCAAGUUGGCUGAGCAAGCAGAGAGAUACGAAGAGAUGGUUGAAAACAUGAAGGCUGUUGCCUCGUCUGGCCAAGAGUUGUCUGUUGAAGAACGUAACUUGCUAUCAGUUGCUUACAAGAACGUGAUUGGUGCUCGCCGUGCUUCUUGGAGAAUUGUUUCCUCGAUUGAACAAAAGGAAGAAGCUAAGGGCAAUGAGCAACAGGCUGCUUUGAUCAGAGACUACCGUGCCAAGAUUGAAGCCGAAUUGUCGAAAAUUUGUGAAGAUAUUCUUUCUGUCUUGAGCAAUCAUUUGAUUUCAUCGGCACAAACUGGUGAAUCUAAGGUGUUUUACUACAAGAUGAAGGGUGACUACCACAGAUACUUGGCGGAGUUUGCCACCGCUGACAAGAGAAAAGAAGCUGCAGACUUGUCGUUGGAGGCUUACAAGGCCGCUUCCGAUGUUGCCGUAACGGAAUUGCCCCCUACUCAUCCAAUCAGAUUGGGAUUAGCUUUGAACUUUUCCGUCUUUUACUAUGAGAUUUUGAACUCGCCAGACAGAGCUUGUCAUUUGGCUAAGCAAGCAUUUGACGAUGCCGUUGCCGACUUGGAGACCUUGUCAGAAGACUCGUACAAGGAUUCCACAUUGAUUAUGCAAUUAUUGAGAGAUAACUUGACUUUAUGGACCGACUUGUCAGAAGCUCCACCAGCUAACGAAGAACAGCAGCAAGCUCAACAACAAGCUCCCGCUGCUUCUGCUCACCAAUCAUCUGAAGGUCAACCUGAACAAGAAUAG